UGUCAAAACGAGCAGACAAGUCAAGACAACUGACAAGCAAACAUGGAAGGCGACAGGAAAGAUCCUCCAGACGCGCAAUUUAUAUCUUUUCAAGAUUAUUCGCCGAUUCAUAGAUCAGGUGGAACUGGUCAAGCACAAUUAGAUAUCGGAACUUCCGGUCAUCAACCUUUUGGUAAUUUCGCAAAUGAUCCUACUGGAAUUGGAAUGGUUCAAGACCUCCAGGGCAUGCCCAGUGCAGAAGAACCGAAACAGCGCAGUUUUUGGUCCGUAGAAUAUUACCAAAAAUUCUUCAAUGUCAAUACACAGGACGUGGUCGAGAGAAUUAAGAGAUCGAUGAUUCCACAUGGAACUGAUAAUUAUUUAAAAACGCACAUUGAGCCAAAUCCCGAUCUCUAUGGGCCAUUUUGGAUAUGUGUGACAUUAGUUUUUUCGAUAGCCAUAAGUGGAAAUAUAACGAAUUAUCUUCAAACUGCGAACACGGGAAAGUAUCAUUGGCAGUACAAAUUUCAUCUGGUUUCGGGGGCGGCCACUUGCAUAUUUUUGUAUGCUUGGUUGUUGCCUCUUGCACUCUGGGGUGCCCUAAAAUGGACCACGAGCCAACCGAGUCGAGAAGGAGAACUAAUUGAAGAAACACCGCAAACUCCAGGACUUUUGCAAUUACUCUGCCUUUACGGCUAUUCACUCUCAAUUUACAUUCCAGUAACAUUUCUCUGGACGAUACAAUUUAGCUGGUUGCAGUGGGGCUUAGUAAUUGCCGCUACAGUAUUAUCUGGCGGUGUUUUGCUUCGUUCUCUCCUGCCAGUUAUUGAAGGAAGGCAUAAAUUUAUAUACAUGUCUGUAAUUAUGGGCUUGCAUCUCCUAUUAGCUGCAGGUUUUAUGUUAUACUUUUUUCAUGUCCCAUCGAAAACUGAAACUACCGUUGCGGAUAUCGUCACGCAAGCGUCGGUAAUUGCAAGUACUGUCGCAAAACCAAUGGUUAAAAACAUUUCCAAUUCGACUCAUUGAAGUUGAAAACCAUUCUUUGUUUGUUAAGGCUGAAUAGUUUUCUAUGGUUUGUUUGUAUCUGUCUCCCUUCAUUUAAAUUACAGAUGAAAUAUUGUUUUAUUCAAGUGUUAAUUAAUAAACAAUGGAAACUGAAUACACACUUUUCAGAACGA